CAAACCUGUGAGCACGUGGGCCCCACAGGGUGACGACGUAGUACACCCAUUACCAAAAUCAUCGCCUCCUGUUCGUCGAGUCUCUCCCGAGUCCUGCCCUGCCCGUCUCUUCUCUCCCACCCCGCCCCCACCCCACCCCCCACCCUGUGUGCAAGGAAGGCCCAAUAUUUGAGUACAUACUCGUUUGAAGGACAGUGGUGCUGGUUCUUGCCAUCUCGGUGGUGCUCCAUUUGCUAAGACUUUAUGGGUGACGGCAGAGCAAUGGCCCGCGCUGGAUCAUUGGUUUCAAAGCUUGAGUCGAAGAUAUGCUAUCACAGGGAUGCAACCCUCGAGUACAUGGAAACAAAGGCUGUGGUUAAUGAAGUUAUAGAAGAAAAGGAGAAGCUCCAGCAUGAUUAUUAUGCACUGAAAGACAAACUUGAGGAGGCAAACAAAAUGAUUGUGGAAGUAAACAAGGAGCUUGCAGCAGGAAACGAGGAGACCUCUGCAAAUAAAAAAGAGCUGGAGCUUUUAAAGAAGAAGCUUCAAGACUGGGAAGCUAAGAAAAAUCAACCUGAGCUAUGUGCUUCUGAGCUUGUCCAAGUUAGUCAGGUGCAGACAAGACCAGUGAGGCAACUGGAAGUGCCAUCUGAAGGACCUCCGGGAAAUGAUGCCGACAUGGUGGAAGGGAGUCAUGCGCGCAUGCUGGUAAACAACCUCAUUGUUGGCCAAGCCUCAGUUGUUCCACCAAGCAGAGAUGAUGUCAUGGUGGCCCUGCGUGAACAUCUGAUCAAGAAAUUCCUUGAAAUCGAUAAAUACGGCGGGCGGAUGAUCGGGAUAAAGGAAAUGGGCAAACUGAAUGUGAAGGCAUUCGAGAUUGCUUGCGCUGAGAAGAUACGUACCACAAAAGUCGCUGAUGCAUCAAGUAAGCUAUACUCACUGUGGCAGAAGCGGAUCACUGACGUGAGCUGGAAUCCCUUCAACACGAUCACGGUUGAGGGCAAUCAUCAGGAGGUUCUCAAUGUCAAUGAUGAUAAGCUGCAAGAACUGAAGAAGGAAUGGGGAGAAGGCCCCCACAAAGCUGUCGUCGAUGCGCUGAUGGAGAUGAAAGAGUACAACUGCCUAGGCGACAGGAGCAUCGUCUAUGAGCUAUGGAACUACAAUGAGGGCAGGAAAGCCACCCUAAUGGAGUGUACGGAGUACAUGGGUGAUCGUGUGCAAGAACUCACAGUGGUCAAGCGCAGGAAGACUCGCAGGUAGAUUUGAUGGCACCUGUAGGAUGCACCAGCAAGGAAAGAGGUUGCCAUAUCCCCUUGGUGGUUAAAGUAGUACUCCGUAGUAAAAACUGUUAUGAGCGUGUGCUUUGAAUAAUUAAUUAAUCUGACUGUACCAAUUAGAGAGGGGGGACGGGGGGACUAUGAGAGCAAGCCCUUCUCACGUUGUUGGACCAAUUUCGAUGUUGUCGGAUCAAGCUGUAGCUUAUGACUAUCUGCAGUUUGUACUGUUCUACCUUGUACUUACUCUAUCUACCAUCUACUACUAGUAACAAAUUAGCUGCUACUCUGAUAUUUGUCAUUCAGGUAUGGAAAAGAGAGCAAGUUAAGUGUGCUA